GACCAGGCAUCGUCCCCUAAUUCUUGCCUGACUUCUCAAUGGUGGAGUCAUUUGUCAGUUACAGGGUGGUCUUGUGAAGUUUUCAUUGAAGGAUGAGAAAAGUGUAAUCAUACGAGAUAGUAAAACAUUCAUGCUGUACGGGAGCUGGGGCGCGAGCAAAGACUGUUAUGUCGGCUUCUCCAUAGGAAAGCAUAGUCACGCUUUUACGCACUUCCAGGUGUCUUCUCUUACCAAACUAAGUGAAUAAAGAAACCUGACGCUUGACAAACUGUGCUCACUAUCCAAGCCCGGGAUUAUGAAUUUGCAACUUGUUGAUUGUUUUUUAUAAUUGUUUUCUAUAAUUGUUUUCUAUCUUAAGCGCGGUGCUGGAGUUAUUUAUUUACUAUUAGGCCUAUGCGCGAUCCAUAAUCAAGACAACCGUUAUCAGCAGGUAGUCUAAUGUGGACAAAUUGCAAUGUUGUUGAUUUGCUAUUACAACCACACUUUUUUUCUGCACGAAAUUGUAGGCUGCUCCGCGUGACGAGUGUUAUCCUACUGGUCCAGAUGUUUGGGAUAUUGGAUGUGGGGUGUUGAAACUAGGAUAGAGGACGCUGCCGUGCCUAAACUUUACUCGGCUGUUGGCUAUGGUUUAUCAAAAGCGCUGUUUUGGACUUGGACUUCUAAAAAUAAUGUCGGAGACACCAACCGGACAAUGCCCUCUCACCUGGACGUUGGAGAGAGCUGGACGGGUGCAUUGAGAUUCCCUUAUGCCAGAUAGCAGCGUAUCAUCAUUAAAUAGCUUUUCUGUUUCUAUUUCAUAAAUCCUAAGGAAUGGCUUCCCAGGUGGUGUGCGGACUGGUCUUCAGGCUGCUGCUGCCAGUUUGUCUCGCUGCAGCUUGUCUGUUCCGGUACAAUGGGUUCUCUUUUGUCUACCUCAUCUACCUCCUGCUCAUCCCACUGUUCCCAGAACCCACCACAACGACAAUGCAAGGUCACACAGGGUGCCUGGUUAAGUCCCUGUGCUUCACCGGUAUGGCUUUCCUGCUGCUGCACAUCAUCUACCAGGUUACCAUCCACAGUCUGCUAGCAGGAGACAACAUAGAACCCAACUUCAACUGUUCAACAUGGGAGAAGUCGGUGCGACAGCUGGGCUUGGAAAGCGUCCGGGGUGCCGAUGCAGGAAACGGAAUCCGUGUGUUCAUGCCAGACAUCGGCGUGUUCGUGGCGGGCCUGGUCACGUGGCUGCUGUGUCUGAGUCUGGAGGAGAAGCCGCAGGUGAAAGACGAAUCACAGCAGCAUGACGUCGAAUGCGAGUCAGACAGUCAGGAAAAGAAGGAAGAGGAGGUUGAGAAAGAGGAGGGGGAAAAGGAGGAGGAGGUUGAGUUGGAGGAGGACGACCUGAUGUUCGAGGAGGACUUUGAGACGGGUGGGGAUGGAGAUGGAGAGAUGACUGGGGACGAGUUGGAGGAGGGAGGAGACGGGCAAGAAGGGGAUAGAGAAGUAGAGGAGGAGAGCACCAAGAUGAAGUUCCUUCGUCAGAUAGCAGCGAUGGCAUCCAAAGUCAAGGAGAUUAUUGGGAAUCUUAUUACCACAGCAGGGAAAGUAGUGGUCACCAUUCUACUGGGCCUUACAGGCAUCAUGCUGCCCUCCCUGACCUCUGCAGUCUACUUCUUCACCUUCCUGGGCCUGUGUACCUGGUGGUCCUUCUGUCGGACAUUCCACCCGCUCAUCUUCAGCUGUCUGUGUGUCCUCAUGGCCAUCUUCAGCGCUGGUCACCUGGUGACUCUCUACCUCUACCAGUUCCAGUUCUUCCAGGAGCUCAUCCCACCUGGGGAUAGCUAUGCCAGUCUGUUUGGCAUCUCGUCGGUGGUACAGACUGACUGCUCCCACACCUGGAUGUUCCGGGUCAACCCGGCGCUGUCCUGGCACCACUAUGUCAACCCCAUCAUGCUGCUGCUGCUCUACUACACCCUGGCCACACUCAUACGCCUCUGGCUGCAGGACCCCACAGACACGCAACUUCACACAGCCAUUGAAGAGGAGUGGGACAACAUACCACAGGCCACUAUCAACAAACAGCCUGAUCAACGCCAAGUGAAGGAGAUGUGUCACGCUGCAUGA